AUUGCAUAAGACUUUCAAGAAAGAUGAAUGAUCUGCGAACAAUGCAUUCAUAAUAAUUACACGUUGAACAAUGAAUAAAGCAACGUAAUCCUCUCCGAUUUGGAAUGAACAAUGCAAGCCUGACUGGCUGGAAAUUAUUUAAUAAAGCAAAUACUUAAUGUAAUACCUACCUAGGGCAGAGUAUGCUAACGAACUCCUAUUAUGUUUCACCCUCGUGUCACUGUGUGAAGGUUUUGCACUCUCGACCGAAUUAUUGUGAGGGGUUGUUUCAGAAAAUCAUGUGUUGCUCCAGGGAAAAGCGGGCAGUGAGAAAGCGCGCGCGGUCGAGAAUAGACGCCUCCUCAUUUUAACGCCGGUAAAGGCGGAUUUUCGGAAACCACUACGUAACGAGAAUCAACGUCAUAUUGUUUUAGACACUUCGAUGAGCAAUAACGGAGGUGUAUAAAGACAAAACAGUGUAUUAAUAGUGACUUGUUUGCAUACGAGUGAUAAUUGUGUAUGAGUUUGAAACAGUUCAUGAGAAUUCUAAUUAACAUUAAAUGGAUAACUAUGAACUGCUAAUAUUGGGAAUGACUGAGAUAAGUGGCACUGGCGGCGGGUGGCGGGUGACGGCACUGGCUCGACAGCGGAGCGUGGUGCCGAGAUGAGCGGUGUGCUGAAUGGGCCUCCGCCGCUAUCCGCCGCUGAGGCGCUCUCCUCGUUGCUGUGGCAGCCGUACGAGUGUCGGUCGCCGCCCUUCGCUCGCUCCCGCACUGAUGGCGCUCUCGCGACCGCGACCGACUUCAGAGUCGGCGAUGGCGGGGGGGACGCCGGGGACGCGCUCCAGUCGCCGAACGGCGGUCGACAUGCGCGCGCGUCGUUCAGCGCGAUUACAUCCCGCCACGAGAUGCGGCUGCCUGUGCCGGCGCCCGCGCCUCUACGAAAAUCGGAUUCGGUCUCGGUGCGCGUUCCGGGCGAACCGAGCCGACUCAACGUGUCCAGUGUGAACAUAGUGCAGGUUCAGGAUGAGCCUUCGGGUUGUAAUGUGAACAGUGCUGUGCAGACCGAGAGGGCGAGGAAUGUUGUCAGCGCGGAGUGUCAAACGGAGGAGCCGGCCCGGAGACGUCGCGCGCGACGUGCUCGUGCGCCCCGGGUACCUGAGUUGGUGGAGAGCGUGCCUCCGCCACCGUAUAGCACGUUGCCGCCACCGCACCCGGUGCCGGUCCCGCUUCCAGUGCAUCCACCGCCGGCGCCCAUCAUCGCGCCGCAUCCGCCCGCUCACCGCUUUCCCUUCCAGCCAAUUCCACUCAGAUCGGGUCGAGGAGCAGCCUAUGCCUGUUCCGAAGGUGAAGGCAACGCUCCGAAGUCAUGCUGCGGCCGACCUCCUCUUAGGCUCUGCGUACUGUUCUUAGGAGUUAUUGGUGCGUGUCUAGUGGCCGCCGGUGCAGUACUCGGCGCUUUGAGACCACACCCGAGAGCACCACUGACACUGUUACUACUUAUGAUAGGCAUAGGAGUGGUGUUAGUAACCGCAGCGGGACUUGCAUGGAGAUUAGGGGCUCGUGACGCUCCAUGCGCUUUACUGGGCCUCAGGCGGACAUCUUGUAGGCGACUGGUGCCGCGGCUACCACCCAGCUAUGCCAGACCGCACCAUCCUUACGCUGCUAUGCUGUACCCUGAGUUUCAAUACAGGCCCCCACCGCCGACGUAUCAGGCCUCGAUGCAGGAAUACAGACUCAGGUUGCUUCUGUUGGACAGAAGUGCGCCAGCGGUGUCACCGCCUCCAACGUACAGGUCAAACUCAGCCAGUCUAGUCAGAGGAACUACGGGAGCAGCUUGGUGUGGUUCCGAGUACAGUGGUCCCCCAUCGUACAGAGCACCGCGCGCGGAUCCGCCCGUCACCGUCACAGACACCAUGCCCACCAUCACACCCCUCGAUCUAAAAUACACAGACACCAUCGAGUCCUUGCCAAAAACAGAACAAGAAAAAGAUCCUGACGAGCACCUGGUUACGAUAGUGCACACCGAUGCCCAGCCGAUCAUAGUAACAGUAUCCGGAUCUCCAGCACUAAACGAUACCCAUCACCAACCGCCUACCGAGAUUGAUAUUUUAGCGCACUUAUAACGAAACGGGCCGAAUGAGCUCUUAACUGUCUCACAGUGAAUAGAACAGGUGGUAAGAAUGAAUCAAUCCUGGGCUUACAUCGAUCAAGCCGGCUUAGAUUGGAUUCUCUCUUGUGUCAGAAACAAGCAAUAGGCCCCGCGAGAAGGUUUGUGAUUGCAGCAACGAUUAAAGUGAUUGAUAAGGACGAAGUAUACUCGAUAUUGAAUGUAGGCAAAGAGUGAUUUAUAUUUAGUACCUUGAUGAAUGUUAAUUAUUUAUAUGAAAUAAUUAACAGAAGUAUUUAAUAAUGCAAUUCUAGGAAGCGUCUUUAAUUCUGUUUGGAGCCAUUCUCGAUAGUUUACGGAUAAAGUAUGCAUUAGUACUUUAUUUAAAAUAAAACUACUUUGAAAUUGUAUUGCAUUAGUAAUGUUUCCAAAUAGAAUUAUUAAUUUCUAAUGUGUUAUUAUUAUUAUGUUUAAUGGUUUCGAGUACCUUAUUUUUGUUAUAGCGAUAGGUUAAUAAUGUAAAUAUUUAAAGCACUGACAUAUAAAAUAUAUCGUUUGUUUAGAGUUAUAUGACAAAUUAUGUGCCGUGUAUAUAUAUAAUGAUUGAUACAAAUAAUUUUAACCGUAAAUUUUAGUUGACACGAUCUUCUUGAUUAUUCGAACCAAAUCUACCAUGAUGUACAAUUUACGUUAAAUCGGACCUAUUUUGAAUAAGUGUGGUGGGACCUCUUGGAUUCACUGGUGGUAGGACCUCUUGGGAGUCCACACGAGUAGGUACCACCACCCCGCCUAUUUCCGCCGUGAAGCAGUAAUGCGUUUCGGUUCGAAGGGUGGGGUAGCCGUUGUAACUAUACUGAGACCUUAGAACUUAUAUCUCGACGUGGGUGGCGCAUUUACGUUGUAGAUGUCUAUGGGCUCCAGUAACCACUUAACACCAGGCGGGCUGUGAGCUCGUUCAUCCAUCUAAGCAAAAAAAAAAAAAAGUGUUAUAAAAUAUAUUUCACGAAAUUAUCUUUAUCGUUCAUAAAUUUAAACUUCUCGACGAUUUCAGAAUAGGAUCCGAUAAGUUAUUUAGUGCCAAUGUUACGAUUGUAUAUAAAAGUGAAAAAAAAAAAAAAACUAGAUAUCAAUUUUAAAAUUACUACAUAAUUACAAAUCAUUUAUUAAAAUUUUCUUUUUCAAUAGACAAACACAAUAUUCUUAAGUAAGUAACGUUUGGCUUUAUGAAAUAACCGUGCUAAUAACUAAAUACCUUGAUCAUGAAAUUAACAUCGAUGCCUCCAAUGAACACUACUCUAACUGAAAAUUUCGAAAUUUUCGUUUUUCUUGCAAAUCGCUUCACUAUGUUCAAAGUAUUACAAUUAAUCAUUAUUGAUGGUGUUCGAAGCAAGAGUAAAUCAGCUAGUUACACAAAAAAACCCAUAAAUAUAUCUGCAAUAAUAAAGAUUCUAUCAACUUUUUUCGUUUAAACGCUCCUCCUGUAAAUCUACGAAUUUGGAGUUAGCGUACUGUUCAUUGGAGGCAUCGACAUAUUUUAGAAAUGUCAGAGAAACGCUUCUGGAAAAUAGUAGGUUACGAAGUCGUGGUAAAUUAUUCAUUUAUGUUAUGGAAAUAUAAAUGAAGUGGUGUUAUAUUGUAAAUAAGUUUAUUUGUAUUGUAUUAAGAAAUAAAGAUCCUUAGUGAAACCA